AAGCUUGACCGCAUCGCUUGCGCAUCAGUUGACAUUUGACUUUGCUACGAUUCAGUUCAAAAACACGUUCACGGUCCUACAAGUUAUCUGGUGUUGCUCCAUGUUGUUUCCAUGGAAAUAAAUGUGGCUUUUUUUACAGUGACUGGGUAGGCCGCGUUGGCUUGAUAGCGACAGAGGGGUUUGAUGAAAGAAAUUUUGUGAAUUAAAAUAAUCAAAUUUCAUGUGAAGUGCACAUUUUUUCUCAGUGCUUUAGACGAAGUGCAAUUACUAUUGUUCUUGUGAUCACACAAGUAUGAAACUCGGAUAAGAAAGAUGGGUCGCAAAAUAUCACUUUUUAGCGAAGACAAUUUCUUUGGCCUGAAAGUAGUUUUGUUUUUGGCUGUGACUUUGCAUUGCAUAGAAUAUAGUAUAUGCAGCUCUGUGCUGGUAGCGGAUUUCCGGAUGACACGUAUGGUUGAACUUAGCAGUCGCCCACCGUAUUGUAAAAUACAUUCGGAUCGUGGUGAUAUUCAGCGCAUGUUGUUGGCCGCGGAUACCAGAAAAAUGCGUCAAGUGCCACGAGAAUCCGUCACCGCUCUUGAGGAAGUAUGCAACGAAGCGGGUGGCAUCUCAGGCGAACUUCAAGGUGGUUUAGGUUUUAUUUAUCCCGGAACCAAAUGGUGUGGUCCAGGUAACAUCGCAUCGAACUACUCUGAUGUUGGCCGAUACGCAGCAGAAGAUCAAUGCUGUCGAGAACACGAUCUAUGUCCCAAUAUUCUUUUGCCGGGUGAAUGUCGGCGAGGAUUGUGUAAUCGGGGAGCAUUUACACGCUCACAUUGCGAUUGCGAUGCACGGUUCAGGAGAUGUUUGCAGAACUUAAAUACUGAGACUGCAAACACGCUCGGUGCCAUAUUCUUCAAUGUUGUGCAGGUGACAUGUUUCGGCGAAAGAAGACCAUGCUCAGACUGGCAAAGCAUCAAUCCCUCGGAAGAAUCGCAAUGCAAGUUACAGUUUUAUUUCUCUGGAACGUUCAACUUACCGGCUUGUAACUGGAUACAAAUCGAGCCUAAUGUGUUCCGGAACUCACGCUCGUUUGACUCUGGAACGACGGGCAACGAUGUCGACCGCAGCAAUCGUCAAAAAUUAGAGUCUUUUGGUCUAAUCUCGCAGAGUCUCUUCAAGGACCUAUUUGUACGUCCCAUUAGCGGAUAUACUCGUUUUUUGCUUGCCACUAAAGCUAUCGUUUACGGUUAAACGGUCUCUAGCGUAUACGCAUAGUGUCAAAAUGACCAAAAGGUGGUCAAGGCAUUUUUCAAAGUUUCAGAGUUUUCCAGCAAGUAUUAGCAGUCCAAGAAAAGGUUACCGUGUGUCGGGUAUUGUUUGUGAGUGCAACACGAGCCGUUGGUUUGAUUGACGGGUGGGAUUCAACCAAACAGAAGCAGAUGAACUGUGCUCGAGAUGGAAAUAUCAACCAAGUGAGAAGUACAUACCAAUAAUGCAGCAAAAGUAUAACAAGUAGCAAUCAUCGUGAAGAUAUAAAAAAUGGCAAACAGCAUUCCCGAAAACAAUGAAUUUUAUCAAUCAAAAUGGAGCGCCAGCAAGCACCAGCAGAUUACGCGCGCGAUAAAAAGCUCAUUGGUUACGUAAAAUCAGCUGCAGCUAAGGGAAAUCAAAUUCAGCAUUUUUCGCUGCUUAAACUAUUCAAUGUCCUUUUGACAGGACUCUCAACCCGGACACUUAAAAAAUAGCACUAAAAUGAGAGAGCGAGAGAAUAGAAAUAGAAGGAGAAAGAAAGAGAGGGAUUGUGGAAAGGUUUCGGCCGGCUUAAUUUUUACUAGGAAACGAUCGUUCAGUGUUAAAAUGUUGGUUUGAAGUCAAACGAAUGAAAUAUCUUCGCGACACUUGGCGAGUAGAACAGGGUUCUGUCCAAAUGCAAAUGUUAUCGUUUUGCUUGAAUGAGAUUGAUAAUAAUAAAUUGAUCGACAAUAGGUUUGAAAAAAUGUAAAUCAAACCUUUGUAGAAACUCGCCAAUUGAUUAUUUUAUUUGAC